AUGCAUGCAUGAACUCAAUUGCUGUGGCAUUGGAGAGCUGCUAUUUAGAUUCAACCGAUUGCUUGAUGUUGAUCCAGGAGAACAGGGUGUAUAAAUGACCGACUUCAAGUGCAAGGAAUAGUUGAGCAUUGGAGCAAGGAAGAAUGGGAAGAUCUCCAUGCUGCGAUGGGAAUGAUCUCAAGAAGGGUUCCUGGACCUCUGAGGAGGACCAAAAGCUCAUCCAGUUCAUCCAGAACCAUGGCCAUGGAAGCUGGAAAACCCUCCCCAAACUAGCUGGACUCAAUAGAUGUUGCAAGAGCUGCAGGCUUCGAUGGACUAACUACUUACGACCAGAUAUCAAGAGAGGAAAGUUGUCCCCAGAAGAAGAGAACACCGUACUUCAUCUCCAUUCCAUCCAUGGCAACAGGUGGUCGACUAUCGCCGCGCACCUCCCGGGCCGCACUGACAAUGACAUAAAGAACUUUUGGAACUCCCUGAAGAAGAAGAAGAAGAAGCCGAUCUGUACGAGCACCGAUCCGAUGACCAACCGGACGAGCACAGAACUCUUUGCCAGCCUGCUACCACAUUUAGCUCUCGCAAGUCACAAAGAAAUCAUGGAAAGAUCAUCGUGGGACGACUAUGGAGGUCAUCUACAGGCAGAGGCUAUUAAGCUGGCUAAGCUACAGUUCCUGGAUUACCUUCUCCAGUCUGCAACACCAGUAGUAACUAGCGGUAGCAGCAAUAGCAUCAUCUUCUCCGAAAUGGAACCCAUGGAAUUGGCAAACACACCCAUGCCUUGGCCCGCUUCUCUCCCUUCUCCUUGCCCUUCACCGCUGUUUGGCUCCCCAGCUGUCCACCAGAACUUGCCUGGAACGUCACGCAGUUUCGAGCACCCGCUGAUCAAUGACAGGAAGGGAGAAGACAUGAUGACAUCCAUGGUUUCUUCACCAACUCUCCCCCCUCUUCACGAUGCCUCAUGGGGCAAUGAAGCUGUCUGUACCACUUGUAGUCACGGUGUAGCUCCUUCAAUUUGGCCUGAUGAUCCACUCUACGACUGA